CUGUGAUAGGAAUUGUGGAACGUCAACAAUUAUAAGUUUACUAUCUAAUAACUCAAAAUUUAUUUAGUCUAAAAUUUCAAGAUAGUUUCAAUUUUUCUGAGCCUUAAAUGUAAAAAUGAAUCGCACCGAAGGUCUGGUGCAACGAAGAAAUGUUGUAAAAGAAAAUUCCGAUGGUUCUCUAAAGGAGAACCAUGAUGUGGACGAUAAGAAAAGUGAUAAAAAUUAUGAUGACGGAGAUUCGAAAGAAACACGGCUCACAUUGAUGGAAGAAGUUUUACUCUUAGGCCUAAAGGAUAAAGAGGGAUAUACUUCGUUUUGGAAUGAUUGUAUUUCCAGUGGGUUAAGGGGUUGUAUUUUAAUUGAACUCGGCUUAAGAGGUCGUGUUGAAUUGGAACGAGCUGGUAUGAGACGAAAAGGAUUGCUGUCAAGAAAAGUUAUUGUUAAAAAUGAAACUCCAACAGGUGAUGUUUUACUUGAUGAAGCUCUGAAACACAUGAAAGAAACAGAUCCACCGGAGACAGUACAAAGCUGGAUAGAGUACCUCAGUGGUGAAACUUGGAACCCGAUGAAACUGAAAUAUCAGUUGAAAAAUGUGAGAGAGAGGCUUGCGAAAAACCUUGUUGAAAAGGGAGUGCUAACUACAGAGAAACAGAAUUUCCUAUUGUUUGAUAUGACUACACAUCCGCUAACAGACAAUGUAAUUAAAUGUCGAUUAGUUAAAAAGGUUCAGGAAGCAGCUCUGCGCCGUUCAAUAACAGACGUGGCGCACGCAGACAAGCGAUCCUUGGCCCUUCUGAUGCUGGCACACUCAGCUGAUGUUCUGGAAAACGCAUUCGCCCCCCUCUCUGAUGAAGACUAUGAGCUGGCCACUCGCCGUGUCCGAUCAUUACUCGACUUGGACUUCGAGGCAGAGGCACUUAGACCCGACGCCUGUGAGAUUAUGUGGGCCGUUUUCGCUGCGUUCACUAAAUAGCGGUAAACUUAUCCAACUAAAGGAAUGAUUUUAAUUCAAAAUUAUUUCUCUUAGUGACAACGCAUAUAUAUAGACUAUAAAUUAUGUGUUACAAACAAACUAUCCACAAGAUUUGUAGAUUUAUAAUAAUUAACUUGUACAGUGUCAGUUUCAUAAUGUUUCUGGAUGUGUAUAUCUAGCAGUAUUAUCGAUAGUAUCAAAUUCCAAUCACACAUUCAUGUACAUACACACGAUAUGGCGACAACUUUACUUGUCUUUUUCAAAUACCGUUUGAUAACGACUGCUGUAUAGAUUUCAAGCAAACAAUCUUUCACUGAUCAAUCUGUAUUUUCAACGGCGUUCUAUACACGUGGACAUAAUAUCAUUCGUAGUCUCAUAACGGAACGGCAAAAUUGUGCUUAAAGACAAUGUAAGCACACUUUUCUCCUUAGUCGUUUUUCAAGUGUCACUGUUCGAAUCGGGUGCUAAAUCCAACAUAGACUCUAGACUGUGACAUCUGUGAAAACGAGGAAUAAAAUUGAGGUUGACAGUAUCCUAUAUUUUGAACAAUGCACGCACACUAACACAAAGUGACAUACAAAUCGCGAGUGUAAGACGUAGCUUGUACACAGUAAAGUUAUAAACCUGACCUGUUUUCAGUACUUUUCUAGAAUGUGAUAUGGUGUUACAUUACUCCUUAUUGACCAAGAAUAUUUUGAACAACUGGAGUAAAUGGGGUAAUGUAUAGAUAUAACAGUCGAACCUUAUUAUGUUGUAAGUUGUGCCAUGGUCUAUACUUCGACUUUGUUUUUACAUACAUACACUCACGCCUUGUUCCCGUCGAGGUAGGCAGAGACAAUAGAAUGCCAUUUGCUUCUAUCCUUACAAACCUCACGCGCUUCCUCUACAUUCAUUAGGGUAAAGAUACCAAAGAGUGCGCAGUUUUGACAGAUUUAUUUUUAAAAUAAUCAACUUUUAAGUUCAGUCUUCAAUUUUACUUAUAAUUAGGCUUUGGUUCUUUAGGAACACUUUUUUUUACUCUUAUUAUUAAUCAACAUCCAUUAAUAUUUAAUAAUUAAUUAAAACAAGGACGUGUCUCACGCGCACUCUUAAGGUACAAUGACUUAAAGAGUGCGCAUCCAUGGCUCUUAGUACAAGUUAAGAGUACGCAUGAGGGUAAUGGAAGCUUUGUCCAUGGUGGAACAUCUACUUUAACCAAGGCAAACGUCACACUUAAAAACUCCGAAUCUCGCACUCCGCACUCAUCGUGCCACCAAGCCCCACACUGACUACAUUGGAUCCAGUCUUCAUCUGGAGGUUCUACGUAGACUUCGGCACAAAGGGGGCAUCGAACAACUUCUGUACCCUUACUUGUUUCCAGCAGUGUCGGUCUAUUUGGUGUCGUAGAUUUAUUUUUAUUUGAUGUCUUCUUUGUCUUCUUGGCCUUUUCUUCUUUUUGUUCUUCUUCUAUUUGAUUUUUAUAAGGAGAACUGGUAAGGAUUUCUGAUUUCUUACGUUUUAUGUUUCUUUUUUUCUGAAUGUUUGACUUUGGUAAUGGUAAGAUGUCUUCUGGUCUAAGAAAAGAUGAUUUGGAUGGUGUUGGCUCGUCAUUUUCUGGUGUCGUAUUUAUUACUUCCUGGUGAUUAUCACUUGAUUCAAGGGUUUCGGUUCCUCCGAGUUGAGAUAAUGCUAUAAUCUGGAGCUGAAAUAUUAAUAUUGACGGGUAUAGGUGACGAGACAACUUGGGUAACAGUUUCUGUAGUUGUAAGUGGCAAUUCAACAGCUAGAUUUGAAAUUUUUAAGGGCUUCGCCUGUACUUGAAGUUUCUGCAGUUGGAUUGGGACGGUCAGUGACAUUUGCAGGAGCAAAAUCUUCAUCGGAAAAAAUCGGAUCGUUAAAAGGCCAGAUGCCACAAGAUUGGAAUGAUUUCUUAGCUCUUUCAAUUGAACCAACCUUAAGGUAUGCAGUGCCAAAUAGUCGAGCAACUUGAUAUUGAGUUAUAGCACGACCUGGAUUUGAAACUUGCCAAUUGUCACAUGCAACUGCUUAAGCUUUUUUUAAUGGUCCAAAAAAUCCUGUUUCCAAACUCUGCAUGCGAUGGCUUGUGUGUGGUGCUAAGAUCAAAAGAACAACUCCAUGAUCCAUAGCUUAUUCAAUAGCCUGUAAACUUAAAUGAGAUGAAUGAUUAUCUAAAAUCAAAAGAGCAGGUUCAUCUUUAGAUGGCUUGACCAUCUUAAUGAAAUGAUUGAGCCAGAUUAUAAAUAGAUCUGAGUUCAUAUAACCAGAAUCGGAUACAAGCUAUAGGGAGUCCUCUGGAGCCCCAUCCAUCAAUUCGGGUUUUUGCCGCUUUCUAGGAAAAAUUAAUGCAGGUGGUACGAAUAUUCCAGUAGCACCCAUACAGCAAACAGCCGUUACUGUUUGUCCGCGUUCAGCGGACACAACUUUUCUUACAAUUUUCUUGCCUUUUUAACAUAAACUUUAGGUACCUUGUUUGGCACUGUCUGGAGGCCAGUUUCAUCCAUGUUGAAAAUUUGUCUGCCAACAAAUUUGAAGGUUGUAAGUACUUGUUUUAAAUUAUCAUAAAAUCGUUGCACUUGUACACGAUUGAAUCCUGCAGCACGUGCCAAACUUGUUUUUUCAGUUUGACGGAGACUGAAGUUAUUCCGCCUGGCAAAGUUUUCGACCCAUUUCUUGCUAGCUUCCUUUUUAUCAUUAUUAUUUAAUAAUGAUUAAGACCGUUUUUAUUUGCUAAAUCAUAUGCGACUCUUCCUAGCUCCUUCUUCGUCAGACCAUAAAAACAUGAUCCAAGCGUCGGCAGUGCUCUGCACCCUUAUGCAAAUCUUGUAAUACGUCUUCGAAAUUGUUGAUAAAUAAUAUUAAAAGUACUCAAACCCUUUAAAUUGCAAUAAUCAAACUAAUAAAUACCGCACCAACUUGAAAGCGUGCCUACUGAUUCCAAGCGUCACUGCCAACUGACAUUUAGCGCAGUGCUGCCAAGUGUUGAAAUUUCGUACCAUUUAAAAGCUGUGCGUACUCUUUGGUAGUGCGUACUCUUUGGUGUCUUUACCCUACUCUUUUCAUAAAUGCUCGCCGAUUGCAGGUGCUUCGGACCUCUCCUUUUCCCAAAACGUCCGCGACCGACUUGCCUUAUAUAUUUGAUGCGUCAUUAUUUCUUCACUCUUUUGCUCCACGUGUCCAAACCAUUUCAGCAUUCCUUUUUCAGUCCUUGUCACUUUGUUUAUAUACGACGUUAUUUGUCUAUAUGUAUAGAACUUCAUGAUAAUUUAGAAAUUUUAUAUUAUGUAAUCUUUAAACUAAAAUAUCUAGUGGUAGGUGUUGAUAAUGAUGUGGCAGUUUAGGUGGUGUUAUAAAGAGUAUCACCUAUCAGUGUAGUAAAAGUGUAUCAUUGGGUAUUGUAAGAUUUUGUUAUAUUUUUUAUAUGAUAAAGAAAACAUCUGUUUACGUUGUACAACAAUUUUUAUGUUUAAAUAUUUGUGUUGGUAUGUAUCUGUUUUUAUUACACUAAGUUAUUUAUAAUCAAUCAUAAUUAGAAUCUAUUAUUGGAUUUAUAGUUAAAUUGAAGGAAAUUAUAUUUAAAUGAAAUAUAAAAAAUGUAAUUUCAAUUUGUCUGAGAUUAUUAUAGUGACCAUAAUUAAAAAAAAGUGUGUGUGUACCUACUUAUGUAUACACCCAAGAAGUUAUACUACUUUGGCCUAACGAAGCAAAAAUAAUUAAAAUGAUUUAUUCCUCGUGCUAUUAUACGUUUUUAGAAAGAAUAAUUUUGCAAAAAUCUUGCAAUGACAAUUAAUUAUUAAAUAAUGAAUACGGCUGUAUGGGAUUGAACCCUUUGCCUGUCCUAAUAAUGGACGACGAGAAACCAAAAAAAAAUAACGAAUGACGCAAACGUCAGAAAUUUUUAGGAACCAACUUCACCCUAUUACUUUUGUGUUAUAGUGAUGCGCGCGCAUCUUAAAAUUUCACUCUCAUAAUUUUAUCAUUAUGCGUCUAAAGAAGUAUAACUUCAAAAAAAAUACAAAUGUUUUUAAUUAUAAUAAUAUGCUACAAAUAUAAAUAUACAUUUGAAAUUAUCUGGCGUCCGUUAUCAUUUCCUAUUCAACACCUUCACUUAUCAAACAUUAAAAGCAUUUUCUUGUACACUUUUACUAUCAAACAACAUAAUAUUCAAUGUUUCAUUUAAAUCGCUCCCUUUGACUAAAUUAUAUUAAAUUUGUAUAUAUUAUAAUAUAACUUAUAGAUUUUAUAGAUUACACAUAAUAUUAUGAUUAAUGUACGAAAAUUAUGGUGUACUAGAUAUGCCAUGUUUCUUGAAUCGUAGGAUAUAAUUUAAAUGAAGUUAACAUAAAUGUUAUAGAUAUUGUAAUAAUAAUUGUGAAUCUGUGCUAUGUGUUGUGACACAAUAUAUCAAAGUAUAUUAAUUUGAAGUUUGAAAAUACUGAGAACUAAGCACGCGUAAACAAGUAAUAUUAACGAGAAAUUGAGUUUGAGAGAAAUGUUUCAGUAAUUAUUAAAAUUCAUUUGUAAUAAAUAACCUUAUCUUUUAACUAAUUCAUAAUUACUUUAGUUUAUGAUAAAUUAUUAUAGAAAACAUUUGGUGAAUUUAAAUUAAUAUGUAUAAUAUAUGACGACGGAUAAAUCGAUUCGGGCGGAUUAUAAUUAUGUAAAAAUGAAUUUUAAUGUCUAUUUCAUAAAGCCUAUUAUAAAUAAGCUGUAUCAGUUUUUUUUUAGUAAUAAAGCUAUACUUCAGUACAAA